GUUCGUGUUCAGCGCAGUGACGCGGAAGUAGCUCAAACAUAUAAAACCUUAUAAAACCGCACACACACGCAGCUGCGCGUCUGUUUGCUUCAAUCUUAGUUUAAACCAAACUUACAUAAAACCUUUAAUGUUGUUUUAACUCCGGAGGUUAGCUUAGCCGUUAGCUUAGCUUCCUCACCGGGAAGAAGCAGCUCCGGUUAUUUGACACGGUGGAGUCCAACAUGGAGGACAUGUACGUUAAACCAGGUAACCAGGAGCGGGGCUGGAACGACCCCCCUCAGUUCUCAUACGGCCUUCAGAUGGCCCGCGGACCACAGAGGAACCUCCUGAACAAGAGAGCAGCUCCAGACGCAGGAGCCCCACCCAUGACUCCUCCCUCCUCCAGUAAUAUGGCCCCACCUCCAAGUGGAGUAGCCCCGCCCCCUUUACACCCAGCUCGUCCUCCUCCUGGCGGUGUGGCCACGCCCCCUCCCCCUCUGGGACCAAUGAGAAGUCAGAGAGAGGCCGAGAGCAGCCAAUCAGAGAGUGAGCCUGCUGUAGAGGGCGUGGUGUUGGUGUUGAGCCGAGCGCUCGCUGCCUGCAGACGGACUGUUAAAGAUCAGGUGUGUAAUGACGUGGCAAAGAGGCUCCGCCUCCUGGAGGACAGCUGGAGGUCCGGUAGACUGAGCCUACCUGUCAGGAGACGCAUGGACGCCCUGUCUCUGGAGUUACAGUCCGGUCGCUGGGACUCCGCUGAUGAGAUCCAUCGCUCUCUGAUGGUCGAUCAUGUGACCGAAGUCAGCCAAUGGAUGGUCGGCGUCAAACGACUCAUCGCCGAGACCCGAAAACUGAGUCCAGAACUCUUAGAACCACUUCAGAAACCUGCAGAACCAGUCCAGGAACCAGCAGGACUGGUCCAGGAGCCUGCAGAACCGGUCCAGGAGCCUGCAGGACCGGUCCAGGACCCUGCAGAACCGGUCCAGGACCCAGUCUCCCAGUCCUGACUCUGUUGAUCCUGCAGUUUCUUUGUGCUCUCGGCAAACUUUGACUCUUUUAACCAAAACCAGGAUCUGAUGUCUGCUGUCCUCACAUUCUUAUUCACACUUCAGGGGUCAAAGGUCAGAUCCUCAGGAGCAGGUGGGGGGUCGGUGGUGUUGGAGGGUGCAGUUGUUUUGAUUUUGUCUGGGGGGGGCGGACUCUGGUCUCUAGAAUCUAAAUUCUUCACUCUGGACUCAGAAACUACCCAGACCAGCCGAGCAGCCGGCCUCGACCCUUUAAUCUCCGACCUGUUCCUGAGCUCUCAGCUGAUAUUUCCACCAAUCGCAGCACAGCUUUGUGCAUUAACGGUGAACCUCCGUUUAAAGGCGGCGACCGCGUUGGAAGACGAAAUAAAUGUGGGAAUAAAUCUCUUCUUCUGUCCUUUUCGACGUCGGAACGUCUUCGAUCCUCCGAGUGUUUUAGAAGCAGGAAGCCUCGGCCUCGCCGCAGAUGACUUACAGGAAGUGUCUCAGAAUAACAGAAGAAGAAGAUCCCGAGAGCGUUAAUGUAGAAAUAACACGGAGAUGAAUCAUAAGUGAUUUGUUUUGGUACUUUUGAAACUUUUCCACUCAAAUAGAAACUCAAUUCAUUUAUUUUAACUUCAUUCAAGUUAAUUCAUGGUCAUCGUUCAGCGGGUUAGUUAGUUAGUUAGUUAGUUAGUUAGUUAGUCAGCGGUAGGAUGGGAUUACAAGACAUCACUAUUUUACAAACAUCCGUCUUCCAGUUACACGUAUACAAAACCAAAAUAACAUAUUUGUGAAAAAUGAUCUGCAGUUAAACCUGAUUAAAAGCUUAUUUCUCACACGAA